AUGGUCGACACUCGCUGCGCGAAUCCCGCGCUCCAGCUCGACGUCGACGUGAUGAUGCUUGAGUACACGCUCUACCAGGCCACCCAGGCACACUUGGACCUUCUGGCACACGCACACGCACACGCACACGCAUACAAGUGGGAGGAGGAUACCAACACCUCAGCCGGCGAAUCGAUGCGGCUGCUCUCCAUCUUCGACUCGCUUCUGCGGCUCUUCAAACACCACCAUCCGUCGCACAGGCUGCGCGGCGACUUCAACUUCAACCUCGACGUUCUCGAGUUUCUCGUUCUGCUGGCCAGUCGCAGUCGUAGUCGCAGUCGUAGUCGCAGUCGGGGAGCGGGAGGCUCCCACUUUGCCGACGACAUGCUCGACAACUUGCGCAUGACGCAUCUCCGAGAUCGCCGGAGGUGGCUGGCCGCGCGGGAGAGGUACACUCGACGCCGGGGCAAGCAGCCUCAGCCCCAGCCCGCCGAGGAUGUGGACGUGACUUCUCAAGACGACGAGGCCCAGAUCUACGACGUAUGGGACCGUCGGCCUUGGGGGGAGCGAGCCACCACCACCACCACCGCCGACCAGCGUCCCUUGACAGAUCCCUUCCCGCUUGCCAAUACGCCGGCCCUAUUGUUCGAUCUGAUGCCGCGGUUCAUCGACAUUUCAGCCCAAGUGGCCGCCGUAAUCGGGCAAGAUGCCAACGAGACGUGGAUGACACUGGCAGCUGACUUUCUGCUCCAAGCCAGCCUGGAGGCCUUGCAGCUUCGACUUCGACUUGGGCAGCCUGGCACUGCGGCGGGAGCGGGAGUGGUGCCAGAGCAUCUGCUGCCUCGACUUCAGGACUGUUUUGCCUGGGGCCACCUUGAUCUCAAUCCGCACGACGUGGCCGAAGACCCCGACGCCAGCCUGGUAGAUCUGGAUUGGGACUUGGUCAACGAUCUCUUCCGGCGGAAAUCCGAAUCGGAUCCCGAUCCCGAACGCGAACGCGAACUCGAGAACCCCCAAUGGACCCAGCUCCGCCUGCGCCGGCUGUCCGAGUUCUCCAUCGACGCCGAUGCAUCUGUGUCGUCUCGGCUGCGUCGGCUUGACCGGCUGGCGAGGAAGCACCCGCAGGCCGUGUUUUUGGAGAACCUGGUCCUGUUUGUGGGCCAGGCGUGGAACUAUGCGUGGGAGGCUAACCUGCUCGGCAAGCCCAUCCUCGUCCAGCUGGAGGAGGGCCAUCUCAAGAGUUUCGGUCUCGAGGGAGCCGACUUUGACGACUUUCUGAUCCGAGUGGGAUUGAAGAAGGACGACGCCACCAUUGACGUCGAGACGGUGCGGCAGAUGGUCGAAAGGGGUGCUACUGCCACUGCCAGAUGGGACGGCCAUGACAUUGCUGGAUACAGGAGCGAGCAUCAGAAGACAAAGUCUCGGGGGCGUGUGUGA